UGGCGAAGUAGGAUAAAAAUGGCGGAUGAUGUGUUGUUUGAAUUACUACAUAUGGAAAUGACGAUUUCUAUUUUCCAACCUGAUCAAAGUGAGAGCAAGAGAUCCAGUAUUUCUAAGCUUGAGCAGAUUGGGUUUUGUACAGGUUAUCGUCUAGUGGAAAGGCUGACCAAAGACUGGCCAAGAUUCAAAGAUGAAUUGGACACAAUGAAGUUCAUCUGUAAGGAAUUUUGGUCAUGUAUAUACAAAAAACAAAUUGAUAACCUACGGACCAACCACCAGGGAGUUUAUGUCCUGCAAGACAAUAGGUUCAGGUUUCUCACCCAACUUUCCCAAUCCAAACAGUAUAUUGAAGCAACACCUAAGUACUUAGCUUUCACAUGUGGAGUUGUUCGUGGAGCUUUAUCAAAUUUGGGGAUCACGUGUAUUGUCACUGCUGAAGUUUUUUCACCUCCUACUUGUAAAUUUCAAGUUCAAGUUCAGAGAAUAUGAGUAAUUAUAUUUAAUAAAAGUCUACCAUUUUUGUGUAAAAUAUUCCGGUUUAACAUGUGUAUAAAUCUAGGAUUUCAUGUAAAUAUGGCAUAUAUUGUCACAAUUAUUUCUUUGUCAUUAACUUUUUAGGUUUUGUUUUUACAAUAUUUAUGCUGUGUAUUUGGUGAAAUAAUGAACAGAUUACUUCAGGGUUUGUAAUAAUUUUGAUUUCAAUAAGCACCUUUCAAAUACAGCCAACUAAAAUAUAAAUGAAGUUAAAUAUAAGUCAAAAUAAAUGAAGCAGUGCACUGUUCUGAAUAAAAUAGCUAUUUCCACUUAGAAGUAGCCUUAAUAUUAUUUUCAGUUUGUUUCAUUUAAAAUUUUUCUUGAAAAUAUAAUUUUUUUUGAAGAACUAUCUAGAAGGGCUGCUUAAUUGCAAAUAUCUUUAAAGCACAGAUCCCUGACUUUUCUAUUCACUGCUAAUUACAGGGUGCAAGGAACAUGCUCCUUACUUUAGAAUAAAUAAUCCAAGCUUUAUUUUAACUUGUUACUUGGAAAUAAGUACUAUGCAAUCUACACAUACAUUAUUAUAUUACUUUUAUAGAGAUCUUUGGUUAACCACACUGCCUAUGGUUGCUGGAUUGUUGUAAAUUGGGCCUCCAAUGUUUAAAGUUGUAUCUUUUCCUUGAUAAAAGUAGUAGUAUCAACAAAAAUGAUGUAAUUUUAUAGUAAAACUGUUGUAUUUAGUUUACUCACUUUAAUGUUUUUUAAAUAUAUGCUAAGUUUGUGUAAAAUAAAGUUAAUUUCCAUCUAGCCUUACAUUUCAUUUCUAUGUAAAAACAAUUGAGAAUGAUGGAAUAAAA